CGUCGUCGAUCGCGGCGUUACAGAAUACAAAAUAGUAUCAACAGGUGUGAGUGUGUGCGUGCGUGAAUGCCGUGAUUUAUGAGCGCAUAUCGAGGAAUAAAACUGAAACUGAGCCCAUAAGUGACAAUAUGAGUGCCUUUUUAUUUUUGUGCAGCAUUAUAAUUGGCUUUGUUAUAUAUUCACUAAUAAAUUCACUGCGCCGUCCAAAGAAUUUUCCACCAGGUCCUGAAUUUUUACCAUGGAUGGGAAACACGUUACAAUUCCGUAAGGAAGCGCGUGCCGUUGGUGGCCAGCACAUACUUUUUGAGAAAUGGGCAAAGCGCUACAAUACCAAUCUUUUGGGCCUUAAACUGGGUCAGGAAUAUGUUGUGGUUGCCUUGGGUUAUCCACUCGUUCGGGAGGUGCAUCUCCAAGAAGUUUUCGAAGGCCGGCCGGACAACUUUUUUCUGCGCUUGCGUACCAUGGGCACACGAAAGGGCAUAACCUGCACCGAUGGCAAGCUGUGGUACGAGCAUCGCAACUUUGCCAUGAAACAGAUGCGUCAUGUCGGCUAUGGUCGGACACAAAUGGAGCAGCAUAUAGAGCGUGAAGCGGACGCUUUGAUCAAUCAUCUGGCGCAGACGCAAUCGGAGCCGGUCUGGCCAGUAACAUGCCUGGCCCAGAGCGUUCUUAAUGUCCUGUGGUGUUUGAUUGCUGGCCAGCGUAUAACCAGUGAUGAGGACACCACACUGGUGCGGUUGCUUGAGUUGAUGAAUCGCCGCUCGAAAGUGUUUGACAUCUGUGGCGGACUGCUGGCACAGUUUCCAUUGCUGCGCUUCAUCGCCCCCGACCGCACAGGGUACAAUCUGAUACGGCAAUUGAAUACGGAGCUGCACAAUUUCUUCAUGGAUACAAUAGCCGAGCACAAGCAGCGCCUGCAGCUGAAGCAGAAGGAUCAACAGGAAGACAGCGACUUGAUAUUCGCCUAUCUUAACGAAAUGAAGUCGGAGGAUGCCGCAAGCACCUUCAAUGAAACGCAGCUAGUCAUGACCAUUCUGGACUUCUUUAUUGCAGGCUCCCAAACGACAAGCAAUACGAUAAACCUGGCACUUAUGGUGUUAGCUAUGCGCGCCGAUGUUCAGACGAAGCUGCACGCCGAGGUGGCUGCCAAUCUGAGGUGCGCCAGCGCCGAUGCAUUCCCACAUCUCAGUCGUCGGGAGUCAUUUCACUAUAUGGACGCUUUUAUUAUGGAAGUGCAGCGCUUUUUCCACAUCACACCGAUCACGGGACCACGUCGCGCCCUUUGGCAAACCACAUUAGGGGGAUAUGAUAUUCCAAAGAAUGCUACAAUUCUGAUCAGUCUGCGCUCUGUACACCUGGACGAGAAGCACUGGCAAGAGCCGCACGAAUUUCGACCAGAACGCUUCAUCGAUGCGGAGGGUAAAUGCUUUAAGGACGAGUACUUCAUGCCUUUUGGCAUGGGCCGACGUCGCUGCUUGGGCGAUGCUCUGGCACGCGCCUGCAUUUUCUCAUUUCUAGUAAAGAUUGUGCAACAUUUUCAUCUUGUGCUGCCCGAUGAUGAAAACCCGUCCAUGGUCCUCCAGCCAGGCAUUACACUCACACCGAAGCCCUAUAAAGUGAAGUUUAUGAAUCGUAACUAAGUUAAAGGGAGCACAAAACGAAUAAAACAAUGGUCUGUUAACGCAUGUGUCGAAAUUAAAUUGUUGUAUUUUUGAAUACACACUUAAAA